AUGUCGCUCUUCCAGGUCAUCUUCGACUAUGCCGCGCCAGUGUUCCUCGUCACUUCGCCGGUCACAUCCUACGCGGAUCAGAUCGUGAGCAUCCACCGCUCCCGAAGCUCGGCCGGUUUCUCCUUGGACAUUCCUUUGAUCAUGCUGGUUUCCUCGAUUUUGAAGGUUUACUACUGGUUUGGAGAGUACUAUUCGGCUACUUUGCUCACGCAAGCAAUUGUUAUGAUCGUGGUCCAAUCCGUGUUACUCAAGGUCGCCCUGGACAACCGUCCCUCAUCUGGUGGAAGACAUGGAAUUGAGCAUGCGCCCUUCAGCGACGCUGGCUCCAAUGCGCCCACCCGUCCUUAUGAAUUUUGGCAGUGGAAGAACGAUAAGCCAUACUGGAUGUUCCUCGCCUAUUUCGUUGGAGUCCUUGGAGUCAUUCACUUGACUCCGCUUGGUCAGAUUGAUUACUACAUCAGCUUCCUUGGCUACGUCGGUCUUGCUGUCGAAGCAACUCUCCCCAUCCCCCAGAUCAUCGCCAACCACCGAUCCGGCUCAUGCAAGGGCUUCCGCGUUUCAGUCAUCGCAGCCUGGAUUCUCGGUGAUACCAUGAAGAUGAGCUACUUCUUCAAUAGUUCUGAGACCAUUCCGUGGGCGUUCAAGCUCUGCGGCAUGUUCCAGUGCGUCUGUGACUUCUACCUUGGCUUCCAGUUUUACAUGUUCUCCCGGAACGCCUCUCCUACCCACUCGCGACACACAUCUACCCACACCCACUCCCGACACACCUCACAGGUUGCGGGCGGGUCUGAGCAGAACAACCGCUGGGGCCAUGAACCGAAGGAUAUUCGCAUGAACUGA